UGGAGCGCAGUUGUGAGGACGGUCGCGGAUGCGGACAGAGGGUCGCACAUAUGCUCUCACAGCGCAGGAUCUCUGAGGAUUACAGCCGCUGCAAAGGACCCUUACUGCGCCUUUUGGAGCGACCGAUUCACUGUGGAUAUACUAACACGAAAGGAAUAUAAAGAGGGGAUUACUGAAAGGCCAGAACAUCCAUAAUCAUGGAUGGAUUAAAGGCGUAUGUCGUCUUUGGGGGCGUCUUGGUGGUGCUGGUUUCAGUUGCCUCAGGACUGUCGCCGCCAACUAUUGUGUCCAAUGAAAAAGAGUUCAUCCUGCAGCCCGAUUCUGUGUUCAACAUAAGCUGCACCGGUAAAAGAAACGUGCUGUGGGCUGAACCCCUGCCCAAAAACACCUUCGUUUAUCCAGGGUACUACACAGCGACGCUCUUCAUCUACAAUGCAACUGUGGAGAACACCGGGUAUUACAUGUGCACCUAUGAAGACCAGGACAGCGAACUGGAGGGCGAGCUGGAAGAGGACAGAGAGGCUGGAAUAUACGUCUUUGUCCCAGAUGCCCAAGCUCCAUUUGUCCCUGAGAUGCCCGGUAACUUGGUAGUCCCCAUGGAAACAACAGGGGUCCCCAUCUCCUGCCGGGUGUCGGACCCCUACUCCCACGUCAUCCUGAGGAGUGUCCCCAGCGGAGAGGAGAUGCCGGCCAACUACGACAAAAAGAUGGGCUUCUUCAGAAGCCUCUUGCCGGGGCAGUACCAGUGUGAGACCACAGUGAACGGCCAAACAUUCAGAAGUGUCGUUUACACUGUGGAGGCUGAGGCCCCUGCGGACACGGAGGACUUUGACGUGGAAGUGAAAGCCAGCGAGGAGACGGUGAGAGCGGGGCAGCCCUUUAACGUCACCUGCGGCGCCCCCGCUGGACUGGGCCUUCGGCAGCAGUGGCUCCAUCCUAAAAAACAGGCUGUGGACGCACUUCAGAUCAAACAGACCUUUCCUGACCGGGUCAUCUACAUCCUCAGUAUCCCACAAGCCACCUCUCAGGACAGCGGCACCUACGAGUGCUCCAUCACCCACGAAAUCAGCGGAGAGGUCAGAGUCAGCAGCGUGGCUGUCACCGUCUUCGAGGAGAACUCCUUCGUGGCUCUGGACCACAGAGGGAUUCUCGCGACAGAGUUUGUCAGCCUUUUAGAGGAGACAGAGUUCACAAUCCUCAUUGACGCCUACCCGGCCCCCAAAGUGACGUGGCUGAAAGACGGCAAAGCCAUACCGGGCAGCUACUAUGUCCUCGCCAAAACUAGCCACCUUGGAGGGAAUCGGUAUCAAAGCAUUCUGACACUACGGCAGCCUCUAGUGAAAGACAACGGGAAUUAUACCAUCACAGCCCUGAGUGGCUCUCGCACUGCUCAGUUCUCCUUUACGAUCAAAGUGAAAGCUCCCACUGCUGUGCUGUUCCCACCAUCCUCAGCCCCUGUGCUGCUGCCACAGGUGGAGGAGAUGGUGGUGCCCCUCCACACUGCUUUCACCUUGACCUGUCGGGGAGAGGCAAAACUAGCCUGGGAGACACCGCUCGAUGUGCCCGAGAAAACACAGGAGGACAACAGCGGCCUGUUCGUCACCACCGUCACCGUGGACAACGCCACUGCAAUGCACACCGGCUACUACACGUGCUUCUACAGCAGGAACACCACUGAGGAUGCAGAGGACAGCAGCGUCUACGUCUACGUGCCAGAUCCUGAAGUUCCCUUUGUGCCGUCGCCGGUGCCUUUUGGCAACCACGUCCUGUCCGACCACGAGGAGAUGGAGAUCCAGUGUCGAGUGUCUGAUCCCAGCGCUAACGUGACCCUGGUCAACGUCGACACCCAGCAGCCUGUGCCCAGUGUUUAUGACAGCAAGAGGGGCGCUUUGGGAGUAUUCACUGCUGGAACCUACGUCUGUAAGGCCCUCAUAAACGGAGAGGAACACCACAGUGGGGAAUACAUUGUGCACGGCUGGACAGGUGGCGCGGCACUGCACGUCGAGCUGUCCGCCAAACGGACUGCUCUGCUGGUGGGAGACACCCUCACAGUCACCUGUCUGGCUCGGGGAUCGGAGAUUCUGGAAGACCACUGGAAAUACCCUGGCAAAGUGGGUAACCGUGCCAUCAAAACCGUACAUGAGAACAAGAGGGAUCAGGAGAUCCUUUACACUCUGACGAUCCCGCAGGCCUCAACCAAGGACAGCGGCGUCUACUCCUGCUCCAUCACUGAUAUCAUUAGUAAUGAGAGCCAGACAAAGCAACUAGCUGUUCGCGUUUUCGCAAGUGAGUUUAUGUCCAUCUGGCCGGAGUUCGGAGAGUAUGAGUCGGCAGAGCUGGAUGAGGUCCGGGAGUUCAGGGCUGAAAUUAGCUCCUUCCCCAGUGCUAGCGUCACUUGGCUCAAAGACGGCGUCCCACUCAGCGACGUGACGGCGGAGAUCUCCACCAGCCUCCGGCAGCUCAGCGAGACCAGCUACAUGAGUGUUCUUACCCUGAUCCGGGCCAAGGAGGAGGACAGCGGGAACUACACCAUGCAAGUGGAGAAUGGAGACCAAAAACGCAGCGUCGGACUGAUCCUGGAGGUCAAAGUGCCUGCAGUCAUUGUGGACCUCAUGGACAUCCACCAUGGCUCAGCCACAGGCCAGUCUGUGGUGUGCAUUACCAGAGGGCAGCCUACUCCUGUGGUGGAGUGGUUCAUCUGCAAGAACAUCAAACAUUGUGCCAACGACUCGUCCUCCUGGGUGCCGCUGCCCGCCAACUCCACUGAGAUCACAAUGGACUCGCACUUUGACGAGGACAACAACCUGGAGACCCAGGUCAUGUUCGGCCAUCUGGAAAACACGCUGGCGGUGCGCUGCCUGGCCAGGAACGAAAUGGCCGCUGUGAGCAGGGAGGUCAAACUGGUAUCCAGUGGCCCUCAUCCUGAGCUGACUGUAGCUGCUGCUGUGCUGGUGCUCCUGGUCAUUGUCAUCAUCUCACUCAUUGUCUUGGUUGUUAUCUGGAAACAGAAACCGCGGUAUGAGAUCCGCUGGAGGGUCAUAGAGUCUGUGAGCCCAGACGGCCACGAGUACAUCUAUGUGGAUCCCAUGCAGCUUCCCUACGACUCCAGAUGGGAGUUCCCCCGUGACAGGCUUGUGCUCGGUCGCGUCCUGGGCUCCGGAGCCUUUGGGAAGGUGGUGGAGGGCACCGCCUAUGGACUCAGCCGCUCCCAGCCUGUCAUGAAGGUGGCAGUGAAGAUGCUGAAACCCACGGCGCGCUCCAGUGAGAAACAGGCCCUGAUGUCUGAGCUGAAGAUCAUGACUCAUCUCGGACCACAUCUCAACAUUGUGAACCUCCUUGGAGCGUGCACCAAGUCAGGCCCCAUCUACAUUAUCACUGAGUACUGCUUCUACGGGGACCUGGUCAACUACCUGCACAAGAACAGGGAGAACUUCCUCAGCCUGAACCCCGAGAAGAAUAACAAAAAAGAGCUGGACAUCUUUGGAAUCAACCCAGCAGACGAGAGCAGCAGGAGUUAUGUGAUCCUGUCCUUCGAGAGCAAAGGAGACUACAUGGAUAUGAAGCAGGCCGACAACACUCAGUAUGUGCCCAUGCUGGAGAUGAGCAAUGCCUCUAAGUACUCAGACAUCCAGGGGUCUAACUAUGACCACCCGCCCUCCCAGAAAGGAUCAAGCGAGGGCGAGAUGGACGACCUGCUGUCAGACAGCAUGAACGAGGGCCUCACCACCACCGAUCUGCUCAGCUUUACCUACCAGGUGGCCAAAGGGAUGGAGUUCCUGGCUUCCAAAAACUGUGUGCAUCGGGACCUCGCUGCCAGGAAUGUCCUCCUCUCUCAGGGCAAGAUAGUGAAGAUCUGUGACUUCGGACUGGCCCGAGAUAUCAUGCAUGACAACAACUACGUCUCCAAAGGAAGCACUUUCCUGCCAGUGAAGUGGAUGGCGCCAGAGAGUAUUUUCGACAACCUGUACACCACUCUGAGUGACGUCUGGUCCUACGGCAUCCUGCUCUGGGAGAUAUUCUCCUUAGGUGGCACCCCGUACCCAGGCAUGGUCGUGGACUCGAGCUUCUACAACAAGAUCAAGAGCGGAUACAGGAUGUCCAAACCAGAGCACGCGCCUCAUGAUGUGUAUGAGAUGAUGAUGAAGUGCUGGAACAGUGAGCCGGAGAAGAGGCCUUCUUUCCUGGGCUUGAGUGACACUGUAGCUUCAUUGUUGCCCUCCAGCUACAAGAGGCACUACGAGAGGGUAAACCACGAGUUCCUGAAGAGUGACCACCCCGCCGUGACCCGGGUGUGCGUGGAAAACGAUGACGCCUACAUCGGCAUCACCUACAAGAACCAGGGCAAGCUGAAGGACAGGGAAAGCGGCUUCGAUGAGCAGCGGCUGAGCUCCGACAGCGGCUACAUCAUCCCCCUCCCUGACCUGGACCCCAUAUCUGACGACGAAUAUGGAAAAAGGAACAGACACAGCUCUCAGACGUCAGAGGAGAGCGCCAUUGAGACGGGCUCCAGCAGCUCCACUUUCGCCAAGCGUGAGGGGGAGACUCUGGAGGACAUCACGCUGCUGGACGAGAUGUGUCUGGACUGUAGUGACCUGGCGGAGGACAGCUUCCUGUGACAACUACCCAGCCCGUAGAGCAGACGCAGCAAAGAAAAGGGGUGUAAGGACACAGGAAACGAGAUUUUAAAUCAACCAAAGACUCUGCUGUCUGACCUCCAGCCCCUCCGAUCCUCCUCUUCGACUCCCCUUCAGAGGACAGAACAAAACCACUUCUGGAUGAGUCUGUGGUGACAGUAUGGACACUUCUCCCCGGACACUGCCCCCUGUUGGGCUGGAGGAGUGCGCGUUGAUGAAAACGUGACGUCAAGGACUCAAAGAACCACCGAGCCUGCGCGUCGGACCUAAAACAGAUCAAAAGAUUGUCUUUUAAAUUUGCAGAGCUUUAUUCUAUCGGGCAUUUUUUUUAACAGCAAUAUAAGCAAGAAGGGACGAACUCAGCAUGUUGGUCAGCAACUCUAAACGAACACCGCAGGAUAUCAUUCAUAUGAGGUAUAUUUAACCACUACAGAUGCACUAAACUAAAUGAGUCCAAUACUAGCAACAGCAUUGGCAGGUAAACUCACUUCACACUCACCUGCUGCAAGACAAGCACCUGAUGCUGGCACAAUCAGUAGCAAUACUCGGAUUAAAAAGCACAAAAUCUGGACUAUGUGCAUUUCCUUUGUAUAUGACCAUAUAAUGUUUUCAAUGGCUAAAUACGUGCAGUAAUUCAAAUUUAUUUUUUUACGUCGUCAUUAUGUAAACAUGUAUUAUUUGUGAAUACCGAUUAGAUAUUGACCAUAGCUGUCUGAAUGGUUAUGAGAAUAGAGCUUUUUGAGUUGCAUGCAUCUUUGCAGUGUCUCACCUUUUGCCCCAAUACAGCAAAAUCUUCUCAAGUGUCAUCCCCGAUAAAGACUUCAGUCGUAUCCGUCAUGUGGGCUUUGAAAAACGAAGUGUGAUUGUAUUGUAAAUAGCUCCAGAGUUGUUUUCUAAGAGAGAGUUAUUGGGAUAUCAGUAUUUCAUGUAAGCACAUAUUAAGCUUCUGCACCCUCAUUAGCCUCAGUGAAGCCGAUGAAUCCAGGACAACAAAGGAAAUAUAAUCAUUUUGCUCUGUAGGAAAUAACGUGAAAUCAUUUGCCAUCACGGUGGAGAGCUUCUAGUCUUUGAUAAUAUUUGUGGAUCAGAAGGUUUCAUGAGGAAUAUUCACAGAUGGAUACGAAUAAAUUUAACUACUACGUAAUAGUGAUCUAAGAGAAACCCAGUUCAUCAUGUCAGUGAACAUGGCUGUAUGUCAAAAAAAAAAAAAGAAAAGAGUUAUAUCCAAUAGCAGUGCUUUACAAGCAGUUCGUGUCCUCCUGUCUCAUAUUUUAUCUACUGUCCUGAAGUCUGUUAGCAGGUUCUAGUUAUACUAAGACACCAGAUGGACUAGAGAUUCAUGCUGAUCUGAUGUUAUACAUCAGUUCUGUGUAAACUCUUCGUAAUCCAGCUGUGCCACUGCCUCCGCCUCUCUCUGUUAACUGUGAUAUAAUCUGCAAUCAAGCUGUUGCACUUUCCUUGUUUUCCGUUUUGGUUUGGAUGUUGGAGGAGUUAGCCAGGCUGAGCUAGAAAAAAAACAAAAGAAAGAAAAGUCUUGCUUUGGCUUAAAGCAGCGUGUGUGUGAAUGCUUGUGCCGCA